AGAGUGCAAAAGACUUCUGCUACCAAGAAGAGAUGGCUAGUGUCUCUUACAUUCUGUUUCUUGUUUUCUCUUUUCUUUUGCUUCCAUUUCUUUGCUUGGCUCAAGAACAAAAGAGAUUCAAUCCAAGUUGUCCACGUUUUCGUUGUAGUUUUAUUGGUGAUAUUGGCUUCCCCUUCUCCAACCGAUCUCAUCCGGGAUGUGGCUUGCUGGUUGUAGAUGGUUGCAGUGAACCUGUUCCGAAGAUUCAGUUGGGGAAGGAUCGGACAUGGUUUAACAUUUUCGACAUCACUCAGAAUAAUAUGGUCAGACUUUACGAACAAGAUUUUGAACGACAGCUGAUGAAAUGUAGCCACAAAUCCUUGAAAAAACUGACUCUUCCAAUCUCUCCGUUUCUCAGUUUUAAUAUACCCUACAAUCAAUCAGCAUUCCAAUGCCCCCUCCAUUACAAGUUCCCUGGAAAUUUCAGUUCUAUCUGCAAUGAUUCCCAACACUCCUAUAUCUUCUACAAUAACCCAAUUGAUCAUUUUCCAAGCUCUCCUCCUCACUGUUCGCCUAUUAACUACCGACUGAAUAAGACUCAAACAAGUGUUGAAUAUUCCCACUUGCUUACUGGCUUUUUCACCCUGGAUGUGAAGGUAACGGAUGAAUGCUACGAUUGUUUUUUCGCUGGAGGCCAAUGCCAAACUGAUAGCAAUGGAAAGUUUAUGUGUUCUGUGACAGAAAAAAGAGAUUUCACAUCUUACGGUAAAAGACAAAUCACAAAUUAUGGUAAAGUACUACAAUAGUUCCUGGUUCCUAGUUUUCGGGGUGAGAGAGGUCCAAUAACACUUUUGUGUCGGUUUAAUAAAUGGUAUCUGAAAAGAUUUGGAACAAUUCCAUCCAAAUUGAGCAUUUCCAUUUGAGGAGGUUGCGCCUUAACCUUCUCGGUUGGCCUGGUUCAAGAGGCUCAGGUGCCUGGUUGAGUGGAGAUUGUGCCUUAACCUCUCUAGUUGGCCUGGUUCAAGAGGCUCAGAUGCCUUCUUGAGGGGAGGUUACGCCUUAACCUCCCCGAUUGGCCUGCCAGGUUGACGGGAUCAGACUCUUCUCGAGCUUUCUACUUGAAUUACAAAAACUGGAAUUUGGAUGAUUAAGAUAUAUGCUCACAUAGAGCUUUUCAUUGUCUGAACUAACACUAUUUCUUUUUUCUGUAACUUCUAUUGCAGGAAAUGGAAAAUUUAAUUUGAAGCUACUUC